AUGACGCUGUCAAUUUCUUCUCAAGCAUAUUGCCAGCAAAGCCAGUCCAAACCACGCUGUCCGGCUCAGGCGUCAAUCACGGCCGCUCCUCAGGUGAACCAACAGCUCGCUUCUCCCAUCUUUGGAAAGCUUCCAGCUGAGCUCCGUUUCAUUAUUCUGUCCGAGCUCUUCGGAGAACGUCGAGUGCAUUUGGCAUUCAUGCCUCAUCCUACUCGCUCAGACAAGGUCGGAAAUAUGCGCCGCUGGCGUCAUGGCUUGUGUGAAGAGCCCGUAUCGACACCUCUUCGUCGUCUUGUUUCCCGUCCUCACUUCUGUCUCAGCUCCGCCCGUCACCGCGUCCUCGAUGUUGCCUUCAUGUUUACGUGUCGGAGAGCUCUUAUGGAAAGCAUUCCCAUCCUCUACCAAAGCAACUGCUUCUUCAUCAGCAAUACCGGCAACAAGAGGCUUCCCGUUGAUGACAUUCGGAGUCUCCAGGCCAAGAUGCCUAAGCACUGGCCACUCAUCAAAUCGCUCGACAUUGAAUGGGUCUGUUCCUAUGACAGAAACCAUGCCAGCAUGGUGCCGCAUCUACGUGGUCGCGAAAGCUACGAGGACUUCUGGGAUGCUCUUGCAGAAAUGCCCUCUCUUACCAAACUCCGGAUUGCCCUUAUUGUCCCAUGGUACUCAUGUAUGGAUCACCACGCACCAUCACCUGCGGAGAUGCAGGAGCUCUAUCUAGGCCCGAUGACACGCCCCAGAAAUUUGGAAGUCUGCGAAGUCUUGAUGCAUUCCUCUCUCGCCCCAUUCCUCGGUCUUCAGCAAAUCGAAUGGCUGAGAAAACAAGAACCGCGCUGCCAGUAUCGAAUAUCAUGGAUAGAUGAAAUGCCCGGUCAAGAGCCCCGAGGACCUGCCGCUGCUGUUCUGCCACAUUUGCUUGGCAUGUUCGGUCCUAGAUGGGCACAAAACCUCAGCGUGCCUUUGCCGAGCUCAGUUCGCAUGGUGGCUUUGUCUGCGCGGUCCAAUGACCUCGACUCAGAAACCUUACCCCUAGUGCGAACAGCCAUACGGUCCUUCUCAGAUAAGGCCGUACUAGAUCCAAACCUGCCAACACCACCAAGCAAGCUUCUUGCGAACUUCCCUACCAUGCGGUCGAUUCUCCGACACAAAGACGAAAAGGAGUAUUUCGCUGACAUUGCCCCCGAGGACAUCCGGGACGCUCUACUUACAUCCUUCGACCCGGGGGUGUUCGACAUGGAGCUCUUGCGUGCAAAGCUUUAUGCCAUUAUCGAUCCCCAUAACCCAUCCCGCGUGCAACUACCUGAGGCCCGGAUUGUGGAGGGAAGUUACUUGGGUACCCAACUUGCCCUUACGCAGGCAUAUUCUCGCAUUGAACAGACAUUUGCAUCUUUAUUCGAUGUUUUGGGCAUUGAACCGACAUUGCCAAAGUACCGUACCCUGGAAGAGCAGCGUGAACUGUAUCAGUUCUCUUCUUACCCGAAGAACCCCGACGGGUCCAUCGCACAGUAUCCUCCUCAUCUUAAGUACAUCCCGGAUGAUGAGCGAGUGAGCCUACUCAGGAUCUUCAACCCGAUUGGUUUGGCAGAAACCCAAAUCCUUCUCAAAAGGCUAACCCCUGACGAAGAUGGAAUACAUGGCCGUACGAAGAACUGGUUGUUUGAGAAAGCACGGGCUUUAGCCUUUGGAGGACAGCCUGAAAAGGGCAUCACCAUCCAAGAUGUUGUCGACUACAACAAAUACCAUCGCAAAAUUGGAACCGAUAUCAUGGGUGGUGGGAACAUCGGCAUGUUGGAUGACUGGUACAGUGAUAGACGUUUUGCUGAGCAGCAGUUUACCGGGACCAAUCCAACCACGAUUGCUUUGGCCAGUCCACAGUGGAUUGCUAAGUUCAGGGAAGCUGCUAAAGCUGGCAACUAUACGAAAUGGAUUACCGCUCUUGACAAAGCUGAUCCAUCGUCACUGUUCAUUCAGGAUGGGAGUUACUUCCGUGAAGCUGCAGGUACAGGGAAUCCAACAGCUGACCUUCACUAUAAGCCACCUGGUUCAGGAGAAAAUUGGGCCGUCGGCUCGGUGAGUCUGUUUCAAAUGCACAGGGAUGGCAAGCUGCAUCCUGUAGCUAUUUGUAUUGACUACAAGGGGUCUAUGGCGAACUCAGUUACCAUCUUCAAUAAGAGGAUGACUCCGUCCGACUCAACUCGCAACGAAAAGGAGGACUGGCCUUGGAGGUACGCCAAAACUUGCGCCCAAGUCACGGACUGGAUGCGUCACGAACUUGCUGUACAUCUUACCCUCUCUCACUUUGUUGAGGAGGCUAUCAUCGUGGCUACCAACCGAACAUUGCCUAUGGACCACCCGGUCUACCGCAUUUUGUAUCCUCAUUGGUAUAAGACUCUCUCUCUGAAUGCUGCGGCGCGCGCAACUCUGGUACCCCAGGUUAUUGCAGAUCUCGUUGGUCUCACCCCUGAUCAAUGUUAUAAGUUUCUUCACCACGCCUACGACACCUAUGACUUCGUCGGCAGCUACAUUCCCAACGACCUUGCCCGCCGUGGAUUCCCAAACACACUGGAUGCGCUUAAUGCCGACAUUCGAUAUAAAAACUACCCUUACGCCAAGGAUAUACUCGCCUUCUGGAACACAUUGCGGACAUACGUGCACACCGUUCUCUCCCAUUUCUACCCAACAGAUAAAGCUGUAGCAGAGGAUGGAUGCAUUCAAUCCUGGGUUGCGGAGAUUCGUACCGCCGCCUCUAUCCCUACGUUCCCCGAAAUUGGGGAGCUCACCGCCCUUGUCGACGCAGUCACCAUGUGCAUCCACAUAGCUUCGCCAUUCCACACUGCCGUCAAUUACCUUCAGAACUUUUAUCACAUGUUCGUUGCUGCUAAACCGCCGGCGCUGUGCUCCCGGCCCCCACAGACUCUCGACCAACUCCGCAAUUACACCGAGCGAGACCUCGUUGCUGCCCUACCCAUCAACCGACAGCGCAUGUGGCUCCUAGCAGCCCAAGUACCAUGGUUGCUAAGCUUCCGAGUUGAACCGGAGAGAAGCCUGCUGAACUAUGCAGCAAGCGAAUGGCGCAUGUGUCGAGAUGCUCUUAGACGGCAUGGGGAAGAGGCCAAUCAGCAGAGGGAUGAGGCUUUGGUCAGGCAGCGGGCAAGCGAACGUCUGUACAAGGAACUAAGAGAGCUACAGAAGAUCGUUUACCGUAAUAGUACUGCAAUGGAUAAGGGAAGCGUGCCGUACUUGGUGCUGGACCCGGGAUUGACGGCUGUGUCAAUCCUUAUCUAG